AUGUCUGGACAACCAGAAUCAUCAUCGGCAGGAGCUCGGAAAGCUCUCAAUUCUGGCAGUGAUGCGACCUCUCCAGAAUACGAAUUGCCAUGGGUCGAAAAAUACAGACCGGUAUAUCUCGACGACGUUGUCGGCAACACAGAGACGAUCGAGCGAUUGAAGAUCAUCGCAAAGGAUGGCAACAUGCCUCAUGUCAUCAUCUCUGGGAUGCCUGGAAUCGGAAAAACCACCUCUGUCCUCUGUCUGGCCCGCACUCUUUUGGGUAACGCAUAUAAAGAAGCUGUCCUUGAGCUCAAUGCAAGCGAUGAAAGAGGUAUCGAUGUGGUCAGAAACAGGAUCAAAGGGUUCGCACAGAAAAAGGUGACGUUGCCUCCUGGGCGGCAUAAAUUGGUCAUUCUAGAUGAAGCGGACAGCAUGACAGCCGGAGCGCAACAAGCCCUGCGAAGAACUAUGGAAAUAUACUCAAACACGACCCGAUUCGCCUUUGCUUGCAAUCAAUCCAACAAAAUCAUCGAGCCGUUGCAAUCGAGAUGCGCAAUCCUCCGAUAUUCACGACUCACGGACGCGCAAGUGGUGCAACGUCUGCUACAAAUCAUAGAAGCUGAAAAGGUAGAAUACUCCGAAGAUGGCUUGGCAGCGCUCGUCUUCAGCGCAGAGGGCGACAUGCGCCAGGCUAUCAAUAACCUGCAGAGUACCUGGGCAGGAUUUGGCUUCGUCAGCGGGGACAACGUCUUUCGUGUCGUGGACAGCCCACAUCCAGUCAAAGUGCAGGCCAUGAUCAAGGCAUGCUGGGAGGGCAAGAUUGACAGCGCAGUUGAUGCCCUGAAAGAGUUAUGGGACCUCGGGUACUCGUCACACGACAUAAUAAGCACAAUGUUCCGGGUGACUAAGACGAUUCCUACACUGUCGGAACAUUCGAAACUCGAAUUCAUCAAGGAGAUUGGCUUCACACAUAUGCGAAUCCUCGAGGGAGUCCAAUCCUUUCUGCAACUCAGCGGAUGUCUGGCGAAACUCUGCAGAAUCAACAUGAAACCCGAAUUAUUUGACCCCCCAGCGUGA